AAAGAAUUAAACUCAAACAUAACCUUUACAGUGAGAAGUAAAUAACAACAUCAUAGUCCUAAGCCAACCGUGAAAUAAUUAAGACUGCUUAUCUCAGUUAUACUGUCAAUGUUAUGUCAAUGUCAAUGUCAAAACCAUGCGGACAACUAAUAAUAGAUAGAAAUACAGUAUUCUCUUUUGAAAUCUGCCCUAGUGAUUAAUACUGAGCAAAUAUGAAAGAUGUAAUGUAAUCUUUGCAAAUAUGGAAGAAAAAAUUAAAAAUCUAAGAUUUAAGGACCUCAACGAUAAGAUCUCAAAGGCCACUUUGAGUGCAAUUAAAAGCAUGGGUUUCAAACGAAUGACUGAUAUUCAAUCGGAAGUGCUUCCUAAAGCUCUAAAUGGUGAUGAUGUAGUAGCCACUGCUAAGACUGGCUCAGGAAAAACUUUAGCCUUUUUAAUACCAUCUGUUGAAACAGUAAUAAAAGCUUUAAGCGAAUCUAAACAAGGAACAUUCUGUAUAAUAAUAUCACCGACAAGAGAACUGGCAACACAAACAUACACUGUGCUACAAGAUAUUAUUUCUCAUUAUGAAACCAUUACAUCAACUUUAGUAAUAGGGGGAGAAAGCAGAAAAGUUCAAAGUGCUGAACUUGCUACAGGAGUUAAUGUAGUUGUUGCUACACCAGGAAGGUUGUUUGACCACAUGAGAACUAAAGAGUUUGAUUACAGACAUGUUAAUUGUCUUGUAUUAGAUGAAGCUGAUAAAAUAUUCCAAUAUGGUUUUGAAGAGGACUUGAAACAAAUCAUUAGCCGUCUUCCAAAAAACAGACAAACCAUGCUGUUCAGUGCAACACUAUCAGAGACGACCGAAGCAUUAAUCAAAUCUGCUAUGAAGGAUGAUGUGAAGUCAAUCAACACAAAUGAAGAUAAUGACAGGGCUACUGUUGAAGGACUUAAACAAGGAUAUGUUAUAUGCGACACAGAAUUCAGACUUCAUUGGUUACACAAAUUGUUGAAGAAGACACAAAAUUCCAAAAUAAUGAUUUUCUUUUCAAGCUGCAAGUCAGUGGAGUUUCAUCAUGAGUUUCUCAGUAAGCACUGUAACAUGCGAGUGCUAUGCAUACACGGUAAAAUGAACCAAGCUGAUAGAACAUCUACAAUUAAUAGUUUUUACAAUGCUCAAAAAAUGGCUUUGUUAUGCACUGACUUGGCCGCGAGAGGGCUAGACAUACCAGCUGUGGAUUGGAUAGUUCAAUUCGAUCCACCUUCGGAUACUAAUGAAUACAUUCAUAGAGUGGGCAGAACUGCACGUGGACUCGGCGCGGAAGGUCGCGCGGUAUUGUUGCUAAGGCCAGAGGAAAAAGAGUUCCUAGAUUACCUGCAGGACGCCAGAAUAUACCUCGACAAGUAUGAGCUAUGGGAUCGAUAUAGCGAUUUAAAAUCAAAGAUUAAUAAAGCAAUGGGGGAUCCUGAAUUCCGCAAGUUAGCGAUUGAAGCCUUCGAGGGCUACAUACGAGCGUUCGAAGUCAAAAGGUUGAAGCACGUCUUCAAUUUACUGAAGAUGGAUCUCGAUGCAGUGGCUCGAUCGUUCGGACUCGACAAGAAACCUGAUGUUGAUAUCCGUGUCGGUUUCAGUAAAAAGCAUAGACCAAGAAAACGGAUGGCUUCGGUUAUGACAAACAAACCAAUAAAACAAUGUAAAACUUAGAUAAUUUAUUAUUAUAAGUGUAAAUAAAUGUUUUAUAGUUACAAAAUAAACGUUAUUAUUUA